UUCGCUCGGGUGACGUCAGCGCUCCGGUCCCCGCCGCAGCCGCUGCGUCCUCCGUGUCCGGCCGGAGCCGGAGUCCCCCGCGCCCCCCGCGUUCGGCCCAGCCAUGGCUGCGGUGGCGCUGAUGCCGCCGCUGCUGCUGCUGCUGCUGGCAUCUCCGCCCGCGGCCUCCGCGCCAUCAGCCCGCGACCCCUUCGCCCCCCAGCUCGGAGACACGCAGAACUGCCAGCUGCGGUGCCGCGACGGCGACCUCGGCCCGCGGCCCUCGCAGGCGGGGCUGGAGGGCGCCUCCGAGUCUCCCUAUGACAGAGCUGUUCUGAUCAGCGCUUGUGAGCGUGGCUGCCGCCUCUUCUCCAUCUGCCGAUUCGUGGCCAGGAGCUCCAAGCCCAAUGCCACCCAGACUGAGUGUGAAGCAGCCUGCGUGGAAGCCUAUGUGAAGGAGACAGAGCAGCAGGCUUGCAGCCACGGCUGCUGGAGCCAGUCCCCCGAGCCUGAGCCGGAGCAGAAGAGAAAGGUCCUGGAAGCUCCAAGUGGGGCCCUCUCACUCCUGGACUUGUUUUCCACCCUCUGCAAUGACCUCGUCAACUCAGCCCAGGGAUUCGUCUCCUCCACCUGGACAUAUUACUUGCAGACUGACAAUGGGAAGGUAGUGGUGUUUCAGACCCAGCCCGUAGUGGAGAGCCUCGGCUUCCAGGGUGGCCGUCUGCAGCGCGUGGAGGUGACCUGGCGAGGCUCCCACCCUGAAGCCCUGGAGGUGCACGUGGACCCUGUAGGUCCCCUGGACAAGGUGAGGAAGGCCAAGAUCCGGGUCAAGACCAGCAGCAAGGCCAAGGUGGAGUCUGAAGAGCCGCAGGACAAUGACUUCCUCAGCUGCAUGUCCCGGUGGGUGGCAGGACCCUGGGGGUGGAAGGGGGCGGGACUGGAGGUGUGGGUCUCCCUGGACCCAGCCCAGGGAACUGAAUGGUGCCUGCGGGUGGGGCAGGCGCUCGGGACUGCCUCGAUGGGUCCUGGCCUGCUGCCUCUUCCUGUCCGUGCUGGUGAUGCUGUGGCUGAGCUGCUCCACCGUGGUGACUGCGCCUGGCCAGUACCUCAAGUUCCAGCCUCUGACCCUGGAGCAGCACAAGGGUUUCAUGAUCGAGCCGGACUGGCCCCUGUACCCUCCGCCGUCGCAUGCCUGUGAGGACAGCCCGCCACCCUACAAGCUGAAGCUGGACCUGACCAAGCUGUAGCCUCCGCUGGCCCCAUCAUUGCCAAUCGCAGGGGCCCCCGGGCCUCACUUGCCCUGAGCCCAGGAGUCCAAGGCCAGGGUGGGACCAGCCUUGGCCUCCUCCACCCCCAAAUCCUUCCUCUCCUCCCAGUCCCGCCCCUGGCCCCACGGAGUCCCUGGGGACACAGUGCCCCAGCUGGGAGGAGGGCGGGAUGGGGCGCUGGUUCCUCCUUGUGCCCACUUUCUCGGGGGCUUGCUACUUUUUGUCUUCUAUUGUGUGGCUUUCUGAGUGUUUGAACCCCAGUCCCGUGUCGCCUUCCUUUUCCCUUCUCUCUCCCCUCUCUGCAGGGGCUGAGGCCGAGGGGGAGCUGCAUCUUGCUAGGGCUUCCCCCUUCUCUCCAUCUUGGUCUCCGGAGACCCAGCUUCCGAGAUGGGGCGUGGGCAGCUCCAUCCCCAACAGAGUGUCCCUGGGGCUCGUCCAGGGCUGGGGAGAAAUAAACCGUGUAUAUAAAAGAG